UCAGUUGGCGUGUGUUGUAUCGAUAUGCCCCUACGCACUCCACACCAUCCAAGAAACAAUUGCCGGGUUCUCUUUGUAACAAGUGGCUCAUACAACUGUUUAUUUGUAUUAUUACUAAUUAGUGAAAAUGAAUCCGUCCACUCCCACCAGUAAAAUUACCCAGGUUGGGUCACCAUCCCCCUCCCCACCAAGUAGUAAAAGGGUGAAACACCAAAGUGGAAUUGAAGUGACGGAAGGGUGCACUAUUCUUAUGACCGGUCUAGCUAAGUCGGGGAAGACUACCAUUUCUAAUGCCCUCACUCAAAAGCUAAAAUCUAACGGGAUUUUAGUGAAACAAAUAGAUGGAAAGUGUUUGAGAGCCGGUCUCUGCAAAAAUCUGGAUUUGGACAACACGAAGGAUCGGUCGGAAUUUGUUCAUUUGGCUUCAGAACUUGCCAAAACAUUCACGGAAGAGGGAUUCGUGUCCAUCAUUUCCAUUGUGGCUCCGUUACAAGCAGACAGGGAGACAGCAAAACAAUCACAUAAUAAAGACGGAUUGAAUUUCGUCGAGGUUUUUGUGGAUAGAUCAAGCAAAGAGUGUAAAACUGGUCUAGAUCGAAACGUACUAAAUCCGAUUGAAUCAGACUACGAACCACCACCAAAUCCUGAUGUCCAUCUACAACGGAGUGGCAAUAACGUUAACAAGUUGGCGACGGAACUUGUUGCAAAAUUAGUUGGCUAUAAAUACAUUCCACCGUUCUUCGCUCAACCUCAAUCACCCGUCUCUCCAUUAAACCGACCAACCCCAUCGCCCAAAGCAUCAACUCCUUUACCCUCCACAGCGUCUCCGUCACCCUCAACAACAGACUCGUCCGACUCGUCCGAUGUGGAUAUAGAUGAUGGAGAGUUGGACGACGAGGGGAAUAGUGUCCCCAAAUUCAAGUUACCGAGAAAAAGUAAUAACCGAACAAUUUUUGAUUACGUUAAAAGUGUUCUUGUUCAAAGAGGUUUUACUGGAAAAGACGAAGAGGUCGACAACCAUCCCUUAUUUUUUGCGCUAAUGGGGGAAUGGAGGACUCACUAUGAGACCCACAAAACAGGAGGAAUGGAAAAGUUUUUCCCUGCCAAAGUUCGUGCUCGGAGCAAAUCAGCGACACCCACAAAAACUCCAACCAAAUGUGCGAAAACCCCAAGCAAAGGUGCGAAAACCCCCCAAAAAGACGAUGUCAAGAACCCAGAAGAAAACAAGUGGGAUGAAUUCAUUCCUUUAUAUUGGAAUGGAUCAACGCUGUGUUACGGCAGUAUGCACCAGGGCUUCCCUCACCUAAAAAAAUGCAAACAAUGUUGGUCUCAGUCAACAUCGGAGGGCUAUUUGUGUAAUCUCCAUUCAACAAACCGAUUGCAACAUAUUGUCGUGUUGCAUGACACUAAUGAGAACGCCAUCCAUUAUCAUGCUGUGUUAAAUUUGAGUGUGCUUAAAAAAGAAUGGACGAAGCAGGUAGUUCAAACGUAUGCUCACAACAUGACACAAGUAAUGGCCCAUCUCUCUACGCACCCUGCUGCCAAGUUCUCCCCUAUUUGUGAAAAUUCUUUUCUACUCUCCUCCCCGGAACGACUUCCUGCCACGCAUUCCAUGACAUUGUCAGUCGCGCUCAUCACACUGUUCAGAAACAUGGAAAAAAUAGAGACAGGCGCCCCCAUCAAACCACAUUCGUUCCUUCAUAAACAGUUUAAUAUAUUCAAGGCUAAUUUGGCAGUGGUGGAGAAGAUUUUGGAAGAGAAUGGAGUGACCUCCUCCGUAGGGGAUAAUGAUAAUACCAGUUCGGUCAGCUCCCCACUAAUCGACAAGGAUCGAUAUUGCAAGAAAUUGCCCAGAAUCUACUGUGGAGUCGAAACCGACAACAAAAUCAACGUUGGUUUGAAAACGUCCAAGACUGGGGAAGAGGAUCAUUCUGCUUACAUCCAUAGUGACCAAUUCAAAUCAGGGCCCAUCUACCAAACCCCCCUGUCGGAUGAGCAGCUAGCGAUUGCAAACAACAUUGACACAUCCAAAUCUUUUAAGCAGUGGACGGAUCAGCAGAGGGAUGUGUUCGAUUUGGUGAAAAAAGAUUGCACAAGGAAGGAGGGACUGGGUCAUGCAGCUCUUAUUCUUGCAGAAAUGAAGGGUCAAUCGUACAAUGGCAUCCUCAUUCGAAGGGACAAUCAGAAAUACGAACAUGUAGAUACUAUUGAGAGAGGUGACAGAGCUUUUGUACAGGCAGUUUUUAAACUUUUAACGGGAAGGUCCCUUACUGUUUCAGUCAAGCAUACCGAUAAUAUGAGUUUUAAUGGUGAGAUAUAAAUAAAGGCAUUGCAUUUAUUUUCUUUCAUAUGCCACUCAAAUAUCAAGACCUGACUCACCUCGCUCCAACGCUUCCUUUCCAUCACUGUCCAAAAAUCUCUGUGCAAUUUUCAAGGCCUCUUGAGCUCGCUCUAUUGUUUCCUCAGUGGCUGUCAAGUUGGACGAACUUUCUCUCGCAUUUGUUUUACAUUGUUUCACCGAGUCACUGCAAAAAUAGUGUCAAAAGAGAUGUGCAAACUGCAAACUAAUUGUACUAAAAAUGGCAUUUCUAAUUAAAUGAAAAACUUGAUAAUAAAAUGAAAUUCCAAUUUACCGAA